CGUGGGCGGUAUCACUAGAAUGGUAUCCGUUCACUAUAUCAGUUUGUGAAACCCGUGAAAGUGUCGAAAAGUGGUCAGUUUUUGUGUUGAUAAAUUAUUCCUUUUUGGCUAAACCAAGGGUCCUAGCUGUUUUAGUUUGUCUAGCUGAACUUCUAUUAAGAAUCUUGAUCAUGAAUCAAAUCAACACCGGGCGAGCGCGGGUGCCGAAGUGCGCGCGGUGCCGCAACCACGGCCUGAUUUCCAGCCUCCGCGGGCAUAAGAAAGCCUGUGCCUACAGGCACUGCCAGUGCCCUAAAUGCGGGCUAAUCAAGGAACGACAGCGCAUCAUGGCUGCACAGGUAGCGCUGAAGCGACAACAAGCGGCUGAAGACAAAAUUGCUCUACAUUUGGCUUCCGUGGAGACUGGGACUUCUUUGGAGAGCCUGCCCCCGGGGCGCAUAUACGGGAUGCGGGUCACGGGGCCCUGCCCCAGCCCUGGGCCUGAGCCUGACUCCGCUGCUGAUGAUCAUACGCCCAUCCACAUCGACAGCGAGACGAGCGACUCUAUGCCGGACUGCUGCACCACUUCACCCGAUUCUGCUGCCAGCUCUUCAGCUACACGAUCUCGCGAGGAUGGAGUGGACAUCGAGGGCGCGGUCAGCUCUGCCGGGCUGGAGAUGCUUCGGAAGCUGUUCCCUGGCAAGAAGCGCUCUGUUCUUGAGCUGGUGCUGCGCCGAUGCAACCACGACCUGCUGCGAGCCGUUGAACACUUCAACGCUACUCAUAUUCAACAAGAAAAGGGGGCGGCCAGUUCGAGCGCUUCCAGCUUCGAAAUGUCCGUAUCAAGCACGGAGGAGGUUGAAAAGCGGUGGUCGGCUUUUCGUCCAGUUGGACCUCGCGCGCCUCUCCUCCCAGCACUAGUGAUGGGCAGGGUCUGUGGCUCAGACUGGCUAGUGCCAUUACCAGCGCUUCCCACUUUGUCUGCUCCAUUACUUCUGCCCCUACAACACCCCCACCAGCCUCCACCCCCUUGCAACCCAUGCGCUCCCGACUGCCGACAAUGCAAUGCUCACCACUAAGAUAAACGCUUUAGUUUAGUUUAUUGUAUUUAUAUUAGGUUUUGUUGCCAUUGCAGUAUAGGAACUAAGAU